GUGAAAACACUGUGUAAUCUAGGUAUAGACCUGUUCCAUGUGUUUACUUGUCCCCUGCCACCAAACAAUACAUUCAUCCAUGAUAUCAAGCCAUCAUCACAUAUCAUUCUUACACAAUCCAGACUCCAACAGUGUCACAAAGGAAAAACUAAAAUUCCAUUUAUAGCUCAAGUAGAUGAAUCUAAUGUUCACAUUAAACCGCACCCAGAAUGCACUUGCAUGCAACAUAUUAUUAAAAAUUAAGAUUGUCUUCUAGAAAACACAGAAGCAGAGAUACUUUCUGAUCGUUUUUCAGAUUAUGGCAAAGAACUCAAAAUCUAUGCAAAGCAGAUCUCUUUCCUUCUUUUUCCCAUGUAGGUUUGCAUCCUCCCUUUCAUAUAUGCUCAUUCAUCCAUUCUGUCUCACAGACAGACCAUAAUUUCUCUUUCACAUGUACACACACACACACACACACACACACACACACACACACACUUGCUCUUUCCCAUGGUCUGGUAGCUGUUGUUGCUUUGUUCAGCAGUAGUUAUGUGAGAUGGCUUCUUUCAUUAAUGUAGGAGGUCUGAGGAUCUGUGACCCGCAGUUCCCUAGUGGAUGGAUAAACACAGAGACAAGUGGGUUUUGGUUUAUAGGUUUGAAUAGGCCACAGCUUUAUCAGUUACAGAUGUGAGUGGUACGUCUUAGGCACUGGGUGAAGCCAGACUAUAUAUUGACUCCUGCCCAUCUGCCGGGAGACCAGCUAAGGGUAAAGCACCAAUAGGGGGAGUCAUAUGACUUGAAUGCCCUCCCCCCCAACUGUGCCAUGAUUUAAAUUUCCUGUGGCCACGCCUACAGCCAACACUGAUUCAUCAGCGGGGCUGCCCCUGGGCUGAGCCCCACCCAGCGCUGGUGACAUAGCUGGGCGGUGACAAUGAGGGGGCCAAUCUCCACCCCCAGCCGGAUCACUGCGGAGCCCGAUGUUGGCCGCAAUGCUGCCCACCAGAAAAGGUUCUUGGGCAGAUCGCUCACCACUGCAUGAUGCAGCAAGUCAGGGACGCCUCCUUUCUGUGAAAACUUUAAUUGCACAGGGAUACAAUGUAAAUGCUCUGACCAUUGAUCAAGUGACUCCACUACAUGAAGCAUGCCUAGGAGAUCACGUAGGAUGUGCAAGAAUUCUUCUUGAAGCAGGAGCAAAUGUGAAUGCUACAACAAUUGAUGGAGUGACACCCUUAUUCAAUGCAUGUUCAAGAGGAAGUGCAUCUUGUGUAGAGCUUCUACUGGAGUAUGGUGCCAAAGCUCAGUGGGAGACAUGCCUCCCUUCUCCAACUCACGAAGCAGCUAGCAGAGGUCAUAGUGACUGUCUAGAACUGCUGAUCUCUCAGGGCAUAGAUGUUGACCAAGAUAUUCCUCACCUGGGAACACCUCUAUACGUGGCUUGCAUUUCACAGCAGAAACAAUGUGUACACAAGCUUCUGCAUUCAGGUGCUAAUGUACAGAAAGGAAAGUUUUUGGAAACUCCACUACAUGCAGCUGCAAAGCAGUCUAGUGCCGAAAUAGCAAAUGUACUUCUUGAGUUUGGGGCAGACAUAAAUGCCAAAAAUACAGAGUUUGAACGACCUGUAGAUGUAGCUUCUCCACGCAGUCUGGUGGAAACAGUAUUGCUUCUACAAGAAGCUGCUCCAUGUUCUCUUUGCCAACUGUGUCGGCUACGUAUCCGAAACUACAUAGGAAAAGCCAAGUUGCAUCUUAUACCACAGCUCCAGUUGCCAACCAUGUUGAAAGAGUUCCUGCAGUAUAGAUAAAGCAGUGACUCAUUUUUCAAAACUUGAAAAAAAAGCCAAGUAUUUUACUAUAUGUUUCAUGUGAAAAACUCUUGGGAUGGGGAAGGGAGGGCAUAAACCAACAUUUACUUACUAAUAUAUAUCUCACAACUGAGGCUACAUUAUAAUUCAGUGAUAUUUGGGGUUCCUUGAGCAACCUGAUGGAGAGGGGCUAAUAUAAUUAAAAACAGAAUUUGCUAAUACUCUAUAAAUUUGCUGUACACUUUAAUGCAGUGUUCACUGAUCAGCCACUUCAUUUAAUUUUACCUUUCUUUCGGGGCUUUUGUGAGGACUGUUCCUCACACAGCGGAUUUGCAGGGAUAUGCAAGGAUUCCGGGGUCAUCCAGCUAUUUUGUCAGUUACAGCAUUUCCCAACACCCAGUGUAUUACUGCUAAGGGAGUUUGUCCAUUUAAAUGCUGUUGCUCCCUCAGGAUCUGCUCUACUCUUCAUUCAUUGGAGGAGGGGGGAUGCAGCUAGAGAAGAAGAUGGGAGCUGUAGUUGUCAGGAGCAACAGCCUUUUUCAGUGGACUGGAGGCUGGAGUGGCAAUGAAGGUGUAAGCCAAAAACUGUCACAGAAUGUUGUGCAAUGCUCAAGACCUGUACAUGUGUUUAAGAUCUUUUGUUCACUGGCAAAGAUGAAUUAUUGUUUGGUUUUGUUAUAUUCUGGUUCAAGGUGUCUUGUUCUGUGUGUAUCUAGAACAACAGGGUGUUAGGUGCACUCUAUAAAUAUAUAUACAUAUUGAAAGACAAUAAAACAGGUGUGGUUUUUCCCCUGAUGUCCCUGUUUAAGCACUUCAUAAGGAACACCUACAGUACUAUGAAUUAAGUUCCCUUUCUUUUCCGUUGCUUACAUGAGGCACUGUACCACGAACUAUUUAAUGUACAAAUCUUUCUACUCCAUCACGAGUUUCAUCACAUUGACUGGUAUUUAAAACUCAUUUUGUGUAAAUUCUCCCUCUCUCACAGACACACAGGGGGCACUGAAGGACUUAUACCUAACGAUGGCAUUCAUUAUUUAACUGUU